GUUUUAGAUAUACCGGAUAAUAUUUGCUACCGUUUCUAUAAUACAAAAUACAAUAAACCAUAUUUUCACAAAAUAACACGCUACCCAAAUUCCUUCAGUUUGUUUCUUUCCCUUCCCUUCCUUCAAGGCCGGAAACAAUCUCAAUCUCGAUUGCAAUUUGCAUUAUUGCUCCGCUUUCUUUGACCACUGACCUGUAUUUGCCGGAUUUGUUUUGUGAUUAGUUUCCAUAAAUAAUUGAUUUAAAUGGUCUGUGAGUGAAAUUUGGAUCUGUAUUUGCUGCGCCCUGCAUAAAUUAAGUGCAACAUUCGAAAAUGUCGUCUGUCCCUGUGGAAUCUGAAAAGAUAUUUCAAUGGAUUCAGGACUUGACCAAUGCGGAGAAGAGAGAAGAAGCGUUAUUGGCAUUGAGCAAAAAACGAGAGGUGGUUCCGGACCUGGCGCCGAUGCUGUGGCACACCGGUGCAGUGAUCGCGGCCCUGCUGCAUGAGAUCGUCAGCAUCUACAGCUACAUGAACCCGCCCACCCUGACGGCCAUGCAGAGUAACCGGGUGUGCAAUGCACUGGCGCUGCUGCAGUGUGUCGCAUCGCACCCCGAGACCAGGUCGGCCUUCCUCGCCGCACAAAUACCGCAGUACCUGUACCCGUUCCUGACCACAAACACCAAGACUCAGCCGUUCGAGUACCUGCGACUCACCAGUCUGGGCGUUAUCGGCGCUCUCGUCAAGACUGACGAGCAGGAGGUGAUCAACUUCCUCCUCACCACGGAGAUCAUUCCGCUCUGUCUGCGUAUCAUGGAGUACGGCACGGAACUCAGCAAAACCGUGGCCACCUUUAUCCUGCAGAAGAUUCUUCUCGAUGAAAUCGGUCUGGCUCACAUCUGCCAGACGUACGACCGCUUCUCCCACGUGGCCAUCACCCUGGGAAACAUGGUCAUCAACCUGGAGAAGGAGAAGUCGGCGCGCCUGCUGAAGCACGUCAUACGCUGCUACCUGCGGCUCUCCGACAACUCCAGGGCACGCGUGGCUCUGCGCUCAUGUCUGCCGGACCAGCUGAAGGGGGAUACCUUUGACGCCUGUCUGGAGGACAAGUCGGUCCGACACUGGCUCAACAUGCUGCUCAAAAACCUCGAGGACUCGGGGCCGGGCGGUGAGGUCCCGCGGCCCGGCGGUGCCGCGCUCAAGGCUGCGCCCUAGUAGGUACUGACAUGGCCGCCAGGUGGCAGUGCUGCUGAGGUCGGCGGUACAGCCGCUGGCAGUGGAUUUGGUGCUGUGAGUGACGCGGGGUCCCGGCGUGUGGCCGCGUGUCGUGCGCCGGGGAAUGUACGGACUGGGUCGUCACGGACUGCGGAGGAGUUUUGGGGCGAGCGGAUGGGACUUUGUGCCCGGGAAGGGAGGGAGCUAAGGGUGGGGAUUAGCCUGUGGCUCCACUGCCAAGACAGCUUUGACGCAAUUAGGGAAAUUAAUUCCCGAGUAAAGUCAGACGAAUGAAUCCGUCGCUUUCAGCUGCUACUACCUGUCAUACUAUCUCCUCCGCUAAAUGCUCAGGUGUUCUUUUCCCCGUUCUCCUCCGUCAGUUUUUUGGCUCCAUACAGUGAUUUAUUUGUGAGGGUUUAAGUGGCGAUUCCAUUUGGAUGCUAUUCCAUCCCUCUCCCUCCAUGCUGCAGAAGAAAGCAUAUGUCACCACUGUGCUGGAAUUUUCCCGUUGCGUUCCCCGCGCUCGCCGGCUGUUUCCCACUGACUCAGUGCUGCGUUCGGCUUGCGUCUGAAGAUGACAGUCCGAGACCUUUGCGUGCCGACUCCGCCCUGGUUCGCUGCGAGUCCGGAUCUGUUCCUAGCAGCCUCCGCUUGUAGCGGUGUUGACCAAAAGUCAUACGGUGUUGGAAGAGUUUGGACUGUUCUGCCAUACUGCAGGAGUCAGGAGUCAGGACGCGCGCACAGGGACUGGUUUGUAUAUAGCUUUUUGCCCAGAUGUGUACAUAACCUUUACAGUGAUGUGGUCCGGACGUGUACAUAAUGUAUACAGCGAUGUGUGUAUUUUUGGCGUAGUGGAGUAUUCGGUGUAGUCGUUUUCAUAUGGAAAUCGUUCAGUUCGGUACUACUCAUUGUGAAUGUGGACGCAAAGGAUGGGUACUGGCUAGGCCGACUGUCCCAAUGGAAUGUGUUCGCUCAGCUCACCAAUGGGACACUAGAACUGCAUUCAGUGAUAAUAUACCAGCUGCCCGAGUCAGAAUUGCAGCACUUGUUACAGUCUGUGCUAGGGAUUCCAUUUGAUUGUUGGUUGCCAAUUGUGUUUUCUUUGCUUAUUCAGUUAUCUAACAGCAAUGUCUCGACCAGGUCGCACCAACUGAUGUUACCCAUUCUUGUGAUUGAGCGCGCGCACGACUGAAUUCCAAUGCAGGAGAGGCCCGGGUGCCUAUUGAUCUGUGUUAUUUGUCGCGAUGAUCAGAACGUUCGUGCGUCUGUUCUAGCCAAACUGUGCGUCAUGCGAUGUGGAAGAUGCUUGCAGCGCUCUGUGGCAUUGGUCAGGGAGAUACUGUGUCGCGCACAUUACUGUAAACGCGUGUAUUGGGAUUGACAAGGACUGGUCGCAUGCUUGUUCGGCCGUUGCGUGUGGUUCAACGAGAGGUCGGUGUGGAAAAUGCGGGGCGUGUCGCACAUUCAUGACGUAUUUGUUGCUCGUGGUUAACGGCCCUGGUGCAGCGAAGUGUUCUCUGUCGGCUCGACAUACCAGUAUGUCUCAAAUAUCGAAGGCUCUCUGGAACCAUGGGAGAAUCUUGUUUCGUGUGUGAAGUGUUUGCCGCCUGGUUUCGUCAAUAAGUCACCAUUGCUGCAUGA